AUGACGCCGGCUAGCAUAUUGACCGUUGGUCAAAUCAAGAAGCUCGAAGGGAUUGCAGGUAAGGAUAGCAUUUUCAGGGGUGGUUAUAGUCUACUGACUGGGGAUGCUUGGGCAGAGUUUGUGACAGAUCUUCUUUCUAGAUUACCAAACUCCCACGAUUCCAGCUCCAAUGAUGUUCUUCUCUCCGAUGUAAAUCACCACAUAUCUUCAGUCAAUGCUUUGGUCGAGCAGCGAACGUUACCAACGCGUGAGAUUUCGAGAUCAUUGAGGGAAGUUGCGAGGGAAUUAUGGAACGAGUGUAUCAAAGGUAGGAGGAAGAGAGAUGAAAUCUUGUCGUCGUCGUCGAGGAUGCUGCUGCAAGUCCGCGCCCGUGUUCUGGCUUUCCUUAUCCACGCCUUGGCGCGUGACACACGUAAUGACGAAGAACAAGACCUCGUGGAAAUACUGUUAGGCAUGAUGGGGAUGUCACUUACACUGGCUAGAGUUUGCGUGGAAUCUUCCGAUCUCGAUGGCGCACUUUUGAGCAUGACCAAGGCUGCCGAUUAUAUUGGCCGACUAAAGAAGUCAAAGCAUACAACAACAGAAGAUACGGCACAGAUCCAAAAGAUUGAAGCGGAAUACUUUGCGAUGCGAUGCGCUUUGUCAUGGAAGCAAGGUUGUCUGGAUGUUGCCGAGCACAUGUACACAAAGGCGGAUGAUCUCUUACACCUUAUCGACCCAUCAUCUGCUGAAAGGUUGGCUGAUACAUUUCAGUGUAUCGGAAGCGAACUUUUGUCCAGGGACGACCAUGGCAUGGCUUUGAAAUGGUUACGACGAGCACUCGACCUUGUCAACAGUCAAGGUCUGGAGAGGCUCUCGAAGGAAGGGCUGGAACUUCGCAUGUCUAUCUAUCACGAGCUAAUACAGACACUGCUCGCUACGGGUUCACAAGAAAAUUUAGAGGAAGCCGAUGGGAUUACGUUACAAAUGGAAGCCGAGAUUGGAGACAAGCCAAUUGUGCUUCAUUGGAAACUUGAAAUUAUCCACCGGUAUCCUGACGAGAUUUUCGAUAUCGAUUCAUGCGCAAGUAUUCUACGACGUAUGAUUCGAUCAUACACCCUCACGGAUGCGGGACUCGGACUUCUCCUACAUCGUAUUGGCGAACUACAUCCCAGGGGUCCUCGGUUGGCAAAGAGCUUGAUGGAAGAGUUGAUCACCAAGAAGUUGUUACCGCAUGGUAACGUGGGUUGGAUAGGGAAAGCUGUUGUUCGGCGUGUUUGGAUGGCCACGAUGGAUACAGAAACGCUUGUAGCAACAAAGGACUUGGUUCGACUUCUGAAUCAACUCGCUCAAGAAAUUGGCCAGUGCAAUGUCGAGGCCUCAGCUGCUGCGGUUUCGCUCAUUUGGAAGAAACUCGAUAUUAGCUAUUCCAAUAAGUGGUACAAAGGAUGCGAACUCUGGUGCCAAGCUGCACUUCAUCCGAUCUUUUCCAACAGUGGCGAGACAAGUCAAGGAAAGUUCAGCCGAAGGUUGAUGCGUUGUGCGAUUGCAUGCGAAGAUAUAGAUGCUGCGCAUGCUGCUUUCCAUGCUAUGCCUAAAAGUAUACAGGACGAACCUCUUACUAGAUAUCUCAUGUUUAAGGUGGCUUUGAAAAGCUGGAACCACCAAUUGGGGCGCCAAUGCAUCGAAUAUCUGGGCAAGAUGCCGGACAAAAGCCAAUGUCGGGACAUCAUAUAUGCCUGUGCAAGAGAUGCACAGAACGCCGGCGACAAGCUCAUGACUCUGGAGACCCUGAAAGCAGCAGUCGAAGGGUUCGAUACGGCAGAUCCGUCGACUAUAAAUCUGCCUUCGAUCAUCAGAUGUGCUAUACGGCUGAUCCACAUGAUUGAGACUUUGCCAGAUGAAAACAUAGACCGAGUUCCUGAGCUUGAGGAGGAAACCUGUGUAUUAUUCGAAAGGGCUGUCGAGUACGCAAAGGGGCUGUGGCAUGUCAUCCGUGUCUUUCGCGCGUGUCUCGCCUUUGCAACCUGCUAUCCUUCGGACAUUUCUUCCGAUGAUGAGGCUGAUAGGAGACUAAUGAUAGCCCGCUGCAAUUUUGUCAUCGCAGCGGCCCUUAUCUCGCAAGCACGUAUUGAUGACAAGAUAGAUGAGCAACUCCAAAGAUAUCUUGAAGCAAGGCAUCACAUUUCAGAAUUCGACAUAUUCUUUAGCGAGCAGGUCAAUGACGGCCCAGAGACCGAAAUCUGCCCUGAUCUAUUGUCUAAAGCGACGACGCUUUUCGUUUUUGAUUUUGAAGGCGCUAUCCAUCUCAAGAACUGGGACGAUUUAAACCAAAUCGUCCGAAAAGCCGAGGUCUGCAAGGAUGAAACAAUGUACAAAGCUAUGGGAGACUGCCUGUUAAGGAGUGAAGCUCCGGGUAAUGUUGUGUACGGAACCAUGUGUCUCAUCAUCAACCAGAUACAUUCGCUAGAAAGAUUCGACAACAAGCGACUGGCCAAAUACAUACGCUGUCUAUUCAAGGCCAUACUUCCAUUAGAUGACCUUUUGGCUCUGCAAGUUGUCGAACAAGCAGUCACGAUCGCACGUGAAGGUAGCCAAAUGCAAAGCCCUUUCCCUGCAGAUGACUUGGAUUAUAUCAUUGCAGCUACUUUCAACCAUGCCAUUGAUAUGUCGGGGAGAGACGAUCAAAAGUUGUGUCAUAAAUGGGCGUUGAAAGCCCUUGAGCUUGCCGAGUACGUGAACGACGGAGGUGACAUGAAACACACGCUGUGUGAAAGAGCAGUUGAAAUGGGGUUGAAUCAAGGACCUGUCGCUUGA